AUGGCAACAAAUAUCUUCCACACUGACUAUCCAUGGACGUCGCCAGACGCACCCUUGGUAGUGUCCGCGCCCAUGAUGAAGAUCACAUUAGGUCGUCUAGCAGUGACCGUCUCCGCGCACGGUGGGUUCGGAUUCCUCGCUGGCGGAUUCGACCUCUCUCCGCUUGCAAGAGACCUCACCGAAGCUGCCGAGUAUGCAAAGUCUCAAAAUGUACUCCUUCACAACGGGACGCUCCCAAUUGGCGUUGGGUUCCAGAACUGGGGCAGUGACUUGCAUAUGGCAGUCGAAGCGCUCAAAGAGAAUCCCGUGGCUGCUGCCUGGUUCUUUGCGCCGAAGCAAUUAAGCGACCUGAUCGACUGGGCCAAGGCGAUUCGCACAAUCAGCGAGGGUAAGACCAAGAUCUGGGUUCAGGUUGGGACGGUGGCUGAAGCCAUUGAGGUGGCCAAAACUACGAAACCUGAUGUCUUGGUGGUGCAGGGGUCCGACUCUGGUGGCCACGGCCUCGCACAGCGGUCUAGUCUCCUGACUCUAUUGCCCGAGACUGCGGAUGCCCUUGCCGCCGAAGGAAUUGAAAUCCCACUGAUCGCGGCCGGCGGCAUCGUCGAUGGCCGGGGCGUCGCAGCCGCACUGACACUCGGCGCCAACGGUGUAGCGUUGGGAACAAGGUUUCUAGCUGCGCAGGAGGCAGUUAUCGCCAAAGGAUAUCAGGAUGAAGUGUUGAGAGUUACCGAUGGCGGAACAAGCACCACUACGACCACGAUAUAUGACGUUGUCAGAGGCAUUCAUGGCUGGCCGAGGGCCUACAAUGGCCGUGGGGUUGUGAACAGGACAUACCUCGAUGCAGUGCAUGGGAUGUCGAAUGAAGAGAAUACGGACCGCUACCAGGAGGCAAUGAAGCAGGGUGAUGCAGGAUGGGGACCAGAGGGAAGAUUGACCACGUAUGUAGGUGCGGGAGUUGGGCUGGUAAGAAAGGUGAUGCCUGCCGGGGAAAUCGUGAGACAUGUUCAGCAGGAGGCUCUUGAAAUUUUGCAAAGGUCGGCAGCGCCAAAAGUACAAUGA